CAUACAAAGUAACGUUUAACGGCGAGCAAACUUCUCGAAAAAGAUUAUUUUGCUGAUUCUGAGUAUUAUACAUACCUUUUUUCACUGCUUAAAAAUAGAAACGGAAUUUUUUAGUAGUUUUAAUUAUGAAAUUCUUUACGGUAAUUGUAACUUUGUUUCUACUGUUUGGAAAAGGUUCCUUGCAACCCAACCAAGUCGAUAUCAGAAUUCAAAAUUACGUCCGGAUUAAAUUCGACGGAUUCCGAGCCUGGUUUGUUGACCACGGUCACACCGAAAGGGAACACGACUUCCCCGGGUCACGCGUGAUAAACGUUUCUUCAACAUUUUACCAAUUGAGCAGUCUCCUCAGUGAAGCCAAGUUACACAUUUAUUGGCCUGACUUGCGGACAAAGUCAAUCACGUCAUUUUCUAGUCGGGGUAGCAUCAUGGUAGAAAUGGACCCAUCCAGUGACCCAAACAUAAUUGGAACCCACUCCACUACUGGGUCCGAAAUGGGUAACCCCUUAGACGCCACGGGAUCUUUUAACCACACUUACGUAUCCUUCUCCGUCCACUUGAACGUCGAAUACCAACUUAUCGAUGGCUACCUCAUUUGCAAUCCAACACCGGGUCCCACAUAUUCCACGUCUACCGCCCGUCUGACCAGGCUAGAAAAUCUCCUCCCAAACAACCACCCCUUCUAUGGGGAAGUUAUGGACAGGUAUGGUGACCAGAUGUGGGGCUCGUAUUCGCAAGAUAUGUUAUGAGUGCCGGGAUUAUUGGCGACGAAAGAAUUUCUUUGCGAAAAGUUGGCGGAAACAACAUUUGCCGACAUUGUCAAUCCUCCGACUCCUUCCACCUCAACGACCACGAUGUCCACAGCCUCGACAACAUUGACGACGACCACUCCAACCACGCCGGCGCCAACUACGUCGUCACCGGCACCUACAAUCUCGACGACUGAAGAACCAACAACGACAAAUGGGACGCACUCUUCCACGACGCAGGAGACGACCACUUUUACGCUGAGAACUUCCACCCAGGGGACGGGGGCGGGUGUCAGAUGGGAGUUCAGUUCUAAAUUUUUACUUUCUCUAACCCUCUGUAUAAGCAUAUUCCACUUUUCAUAUAAAUAAAUUAGUAUAAUAAAGAAAUAGCUUAGUACAGAUAUGUGUAUUGCAUGUUCCUUUGUAUAAAAUAGGUAAAAUAUUUGUGUCUUAAACUGAUAGUGACAAAUUAAUA